GCCAAGCAGCAGAGAGCUGCGGGACGCUCAGUAUUGUUGUAAUAUCAAUAGAAAUUCUUUACCUGACAGAACGACUGUUUUUUGUACUAGUGUGUAAGCCAAUCACACCACAAUCUAUGUUUCCAGUGGAAUUUGGAGGGUUUUUUCAAGAAAUUGUUAGACGAAAAGUCUCCAAUUCCAAAAUUUGAUCUAUGAGCAUGCGCUUGGUGUAACAGCUCCAAAUUCAAAUCUGAGCGAUUUUCCUGCGUUCUAAAAGUAGCGCUAUUAAUUAUGGUGGAUAAGGGGCCAUUAUUGACAUCGGCCAUCAUCUUUUAUCUGUCCAUCGGGGCAGCAAUAUUUCAAGUUCUUGAGGAGCCCAAUUGGAAGAAUGCGGUUAAAAACUACACGGACGAAAAGGAACAAUUACUCCAAAAGUACCCCUGUCUCACGAAAGAAGACUUGGACAAGAUUUUGGAGGUGGUGUCGGAGGCUGCAGGACAGGGGGUCACCAUCACAGGCAACAAGACAUUCAACAACUGGAACUGGCCUAAUGCUGUUAUCUUUGCUGCCACCGUCAUCACCACCAUAGGCUAUGGCAACAUUGCCCCGAAGACACCUGGGGGACGAGUUUUCUGCAUCUUCUACGGUCUCUUUGGUGUCCCGCUGUGUUUCACCUGGAUUAGCGAGCUUGGCAAGUUCUUCGGGGGCAGGGCCAAGCACCUGGGCCAGUAUCUGACCAAGAGAGGGGUGACUCUGCGAAAAGCUCAAUUCACCUGCACUGCCCUGUUCAUCCUGUGGGGGGUUCUGGUCCAUCUGGUGAUCCCACCCUUCGUCUUCAUGUCUCAAGAGGGCUGGUCCUACAUAGAGGGCUUGUACUUCUCCUUCGUUACUUUAACAACCAUCGGUUUUGGGGAUCUCGUGGCAGGAGUUGACCCCAAUGCAAAUUACCCUGCCCUAUACCGCUACUUUGUGGAGAUGUGGAUCUACCUGGGCCUGGCCUGGCUCUCGCUCUUCUUUAACUGGAAGGUUCGCAUGGUGGUGGAGGCCCACAAAGCGCUGAAGAAGAGGAGGAAGAGGCGCAAGCUGUCCUUGGAAGAGCUGCGCCAUUACAAAGAGAACAACAAAGCCCUGCGCAUGUCACCCUCGCCCAACGAUGUCAACAUCUUCAGCUUCCUGUCCAAGAAGCAGGAGGGCUACAACGACCUCAUCAAGCAGAUCGGCACCAAGAAGGAAGGUGGGGGUGGCGGCAACGGCCCUGCCAAGGAGACGAACCGCUCCAAGAGCUGCAGCGACGCCAACAACAUGAACACCAUCCUGAGCUUCGACCGCUCGCCGCGGCAGAAGCGGCGCUACAGCUUCAGCGACCGCGUCACCGUGGCCUUCUCCAAGUCCAAGAACUAUCUGAUGGGCGCCGAGAACGGUAUGCUCCUGACCGAGCUCCAGGGAGACGGAGACCUGGAGGCCCAGGAGGGCAUGUUCGAGAACCAGCUGGACAAGGAGGCCGGGGUGGACAGCGGAGGGCGCGCCUGGGACUCCAAAGACUACCAGGCCCUCAUCUUCCAGAACGCCAGUGCCAACAUCACCUUCAUCGACGAGGAGAACCUGCUGAACGACGACGCCCACACCAAGCUGUCCACGUCCGACGAGAACGUGGAGUCGGAGACGGACUCCAAGGAAGGGCAGAGCUCGGAGACGGAGGGGUCGGAGGGCUCGGAGGAGUCGGAGGGGACAGAGGGGUCGGUCUUUACCUCCGACGGGUCGGACCAUUGUCACUCCUAUGAGCAGCUGGUGGAGGAAUACACCAAGGAGGAUAACACCGAGUCCUGAGACCUGCACAGCCAUCGAGCGUGCACCCUCUUCAUGUCCCUUUCACGUGUUCUGAUCCGUUUACACGUUGGACUUGCAUUGAGCCACUCGUGAAAAAAAAGGUUAUUUUUAAUGACUUUAUUUAACGUCAUAAAAGGUUUUA